CGCGUCGUUCUUGCCGCCUCUGCUCAUUGUAUCAUCGUCUCCACAGUCUCCUCUCGGCAUCGGAUUCGUAUCGGGGGAAUACUCGCAGCCUGCUGAUUCGUGCUUGUGACUCUUCCUGUUGCCUGCGACACAGGAUGCUCGCUUGAAUCUCCCACAAUCGAAUCUUGAUUGACGGCAGUGAAGAUGCUGCAACUCCAACUCCAACUGCAUCUGCUCUGGUUUCUGUGCGCUCUCCUGGCACACAUUGCAGUUCCGGCGAGUGCCGAAAUCGAGUACAACACCAUCAACGAGGAUGGAUCAUUUCAGUUUCGACAUGCAAAUGAUGACAUUGGGGGCUACUAUCACAGCGCCUCGGGCACUCCAGACAACACGGUGCGAGGUCGUUACGGUUCGCGUAGUCCAGCGAGCGGGCAGAUCGAGGAGACCGUCUAUACGGCCGGACCACGUGGUUUUCGCGUGAAUGGACCGAAGAUUCAUCGCAAAAUGGACUUGGCACAGUAUCCGGUGCGACCGCGUGGUAGCCCAGACGAUCCCCUCGCCGAUCCCUUUGAUGAUCCCUCGUAUAGCUUCAGCUUCCGCACGCCCGACCAGUCGAGGAGCGAGGAGAAUGAUUCCGGCAACAGGAUCAGGGGUCUCUAUUCGUACCUGGAUGAUGUGGGGGAGCGUCACAGUGUGCGCUAUGCCGCUGGCGCCGGCACGGGCUUCGAGAUCUCCAAUGCCGUGCCCGACAACCCCUCCAGCGUGGCCUACUCCAGUCCCCUGUACAAGGCGCCGCCCAGGACGCGCGGCAAGAUGUCCGUGCAGCGUGGUCCCGCGGGCAGCUACAAGCUGAUUGCCGCCGGACCGGAUCACCGUCGCGCGGAGAGUCGUGCCCCCGAUGGCCUGGUGCGGGGCACCUACUCCUUCCUCGACGACAAGGGCGUGCAGCGGACGGUGGAGUACAUCGCGGGCGCGGGCAUUGGCUAUCGCGUGGUGCACAACCGCAUUGGUCCCGGCACGCACAUCAAUCCCUCGGUGGCCGACUUUCGGCUGGCGGACACGGACUUCCGGCUGGCCAAUGACUUUGGCCGCGGGGCGGGUGGGGCCCUGGGUGUGGCUAGUGGCAGUGCAGCGCGUGGGAGUGGCUCUGGACCGAGUGGGGCAGGCGUGGGCGGUGGCAGGGGACAAACUGGCAGCCGCACAGGUGCCACAGAUUAUCUGCAACCCAGUGGUGGGAGCAGAGAUGAUGGGGAGGGUGUAGAUGGAAAUGGAAAUGGGGCAGCGGAGAACGAUCUGGGACCCGUUGAUAAUGGCGGUGGCAAUCUGGAUGAGGAGGAUAUCGGCCUGAGCAGCAGUUCCGGUGGUUCCAGCUCCUUCCGGGGCAAGGAAGAUCGCCGGGGGUAUGCAGCAGGCGGCGGCAGCUCCCAGAGAGGCAGCACCACAUACGAUGCAGCGGAGAGAGAGAGAGGCGGAGCCAUAGGAGGCAGGGGUGGCACACGAACAGGCGGUGGCAGCUCAGCGGGGGGAGGAGGUGCUGCCACACGACAGAGAGGCGGUGGCUCCACGCGAAUCAACGCCAGCGGAACGAGAAAUCAGAACAGAUUCAGCAACAGGGGAGGGAGCUCAGAAAGGGGCGGGGCAGGGGGAGGGGGAAGCACACGCAGGGGAGGAUCAGCGUCCGGCGAAGGCGACUCCAGCCUGGGCUAUCUACCACCACCCACUGGCGGAUCCGGAGGCGGCGGCGGCGGCGGCACUGGCAGCGCCAUCAGCGGCCCGGGCGACAACUACAACCUCAACGACGACGAUGUGGGCAGCUCGCUGCCCCCCCUGGUCACGGCCAAUCAUCGCAUACUGGAGAUCGAUCGCGAGCGGGAGUGGGUGCAGCGGCACCGCGACUCCACGGUGAUCAAGAACGUGGGCAAGUGGUAUGUGGGUCUGCCGCCGGGCCAGAGUGUGCGGGCCCAUGUGCAGAACAUUGACAUUGUGCCGCUGGGCGGACGGGUCGGGCUGUCGCCCUCGGAGGCGCUGCGGCAGGACGAGAUCGCCGAUCUGGCCGCCUCCAGGGAGCACUAGCUGCACCUCCUACUCCUGCUCCUGCUCCUGCUCCUGCUCCCUGGAUACAUUGUAGUGCGUAGCGUUAGCCAUAAGUGAUCGAUCAGCGUUAAGUAAGCGACAAAAAUGGCAGAAGCUGUAACAGUAUUUAAAGCGGAAUACAUAAUAUAUCUGCAGUCUGUAGUC